UGUACACAAGCCUGGUGUCUGUCUUAAAUAUUGGCAUAAUGGAAUCAAACCAACAUAAUCAGCAGCCAAAUUAUACAGAAAGGAAAGGUCCAUGGUCAGCCGGAAACCAAAUAGGACCAGCGUCACGGCGUAAGAGGGAUCGCCACGGGGCACAGCAUACCCGUGCCAUCAAAGGCACCAGCACUCCAGCUAACACAGACACCGACAUGUCCAAGCAUAUCGCAUUGGAAACUGAAGCUGAACUACGUGACUCAUCACCCAUGUCAGACCUGGAUGCUAAAACAUGGACUUUGGGAUCAAUCCCUUCAUCAAAUAAGUUCAGUCCUUUCAAAGUCCCAACAAAAAGUGGCAAUGUCACACCGGGCAGUGCGUUGAAACAGGACUUCGUUUAUAAAGCGAGCGGUCAAGCCACGCAGAGCAGUAAUACCACGGUAGUCAACGUCCACAAAUCUGACCUUAACAAACUCGGCUACAGGGACUUGGAGCACUGGUUGUCGGUUCCGGGUCAUGUCUACAUAGGGCGAGACAUGAGUCGUUACGUGUCCGGAGCCAUUGGAAGCAUUUGGGGCAACCCCUUCAGGUCUCGGAAGCUUGGCAACGCCGAGCCCUGUCAGAUGUACAGGCAGUACGUCAUCAAUGAUACUCGUAUACAGAGCAAUGGCAAAACUCUACUGGAGUCAUUAUCAGAGCUUAAGGGAAAGACCCUCGGUUGCUGGUGUCAUCCCGAGCAAUGUCACGGUCACAUGCUAGUGGAACUCAUAGCAGAGUACUGCCCAUGAUCACCAGAAGUUCAAGUGUAUGGACUGGAAGGUCCUCUAUUUGGACCAGCAUCAUCUCCCUAUGGACCAGAAAUUCAUCUACAUUGAACUGAAGUUUCUUAUCAAUGUAGUGGAAGUUCAUUUCUAUAGACCAGAAGUAACAGUAGAUAUAUG